AUGGCAGACGAUCUAAUGCAGAAAUUUAGUGUGUUAGGCACUACAGAUCAUGAUAUACUCAUCAAGCAAUUGCAAGAAUACUUAAACUACCAGUUGAGUCCUUCUGGAUGUGAAUUCUUCUUGGAUAUGAAUAACUGGAAUUUACAGUUGGCUUUAGGAUCUUAUUUUGAUUAUAAUGCUCCAACUGAGUAUUUGCCAUCAAUGACGUUUAUUCAAGACGUAACUAUUGGUGAAGGGGAAUCUGUUCAACCAAACACUCAAUUUGUUAAGACGUGGCGGAUUCAAAAUUCAGGUCAGAAAAGGUGGCCAGAUUCGGUUAGACUAAGGUUUAUUGGAGGUGAUCAGUUAGGACCUUCCCAUGAAGUUCGUGUACAGUCACAUGAUGCACAAGAGAUAGGAGAUGUUAGCGUAGUUAUGAUUUCACCCAAUCAACCAGGAACAUUUCAGGGUCGUUGGAGAAUGGCAACACAAGAAGGUCUCUUUUUUGGAGACAUCAUUUGGGUCAUCAUUAGCGUCGAAAAUUCAGGUUUAUUGGGUCUAACGCAGCAGUUAUCUUACAUUAAUACAAGGGAUAAUGGAGAGACAACAAUGGAACAUCACGAUACUACAGAUUUUAAUCCCUUUGGUCGUGUUGGAGCCACUUCGACAGAAGCAGUUUUUAGUCAGCAAGCUUCAUCAUCAUAUCCUACCUUAAUAAAACCCCAAUCACUUCCGGAUGAAGACGUUAGUAGUACUAUACCUAAUGAGAGAUUCUAUUAUUAUAUUAAAUAA